GUCAGCGCCCGGCGGGGCCGCGCUCGGCGGCCGCCUCGGCCGGAGACACUUGUGGCGGCGGCGGGGCCAUGAGCGGGCGCUUCACCGUCACCGGCGGCGGGGGCGAUGGCAAUCCCAAGGAGAGCAGCCCCUUCAUCAACAGCACGGACCUGGAGAAGGGCAAAGAGUACGAUGGCAAGAACAUGGCACUCUUUGAGGAGGAGAUGGACACCAGUCCCAUGGUCUCGUCCCUGCUGAGUGGGCUGGCCAACUACACCAACCUGCCACAGGGUAGCCGGGAGCAUGAGGAGGCUGAGAACAACGAUGGGGGCAAGAAGAAACCAGUGCAGGCCCCACGGAUGGGCACCUUCAUGGGUGUCUACCUGCCCUGCCUCCAGAACAUCUUUGGGGUCAUCCUCUUCCUGCGCCUCACCUGGGUGGUGGGGAUUGCCGGCAUCAUGGAGUCCUUCUGCAUGGUCUUCCUUUGCUGCUCCUGCACGAUGCUGACGGCCAUUUCCAUGAGCGCGAUCGCCACCAACGGCGUGGUGCCAGCGGGUGGCUCCUACUACAUGAUCUCACGCUCCCUGGGACCUGAGUUUGGAGGGGCCGUGGGGCUCUGCUUCUACCUGGGCACCACCUUUGCCGGCGCCAUGUACAUCCUGGGCACCAUCGAAAUCCUGCUGGCCUACAUCUUCCCAGCCAUGGCCAUCUUCAAGGCAGAGGACGCCAGCGGGGAGGCGGCCGCGAUGCUCAACAACAUGCGUGUGUACGGCACCUGCGUGCUGACCUGCAUGGCCACUGUCGUGUUCGUGGGGGUCAAGUACGUCAACAAGUUUGCCCUGGUCUUCCUGGGCUGUGUCAUCCUCUCCAUCCUCGCCAUCUAUGCCGGUGUCAUCAAGUCAGCCUUCGACCCGCCAAGCUUCCCGAUCUGCCUCCUGGGCAACAGGACCCUCUCGCGCCACGGCUUCGACCUCUGCACCAAGACGGUGGUGGAGGGGAACGAGACGGUGGGUUCCAAGCUCUGGGAGCUCUUCUGCACCUCCCGCUUCCUGAACGCCACCUGCGACGAGUACUUCACCAUGAACAACGUCACCGAGAUCGAGGGCAUCCCCGGCGCUGCCAGUGGCCUCAUCCAAGAGAACCUCUGGAGCUCGUACCUGACCAAGGGCGUGAUCGUGGAGAAGCGGGGGAUGUCCUCGGUGAGCCCCCCCGACACCCCAGUGGACAUGGACCAGCCCUACGUCUUCAGCGACAUGACCUCCUACUUCACCCUGCUCGUCGGCAUCUACUUCCCCUCGGUCACAGGCAUCAUGGCUGGCUCCAACCGCUCUGGAGACCUGCGGGAUGCCCAGAAGUCCAUCCCCACGGGCACCAUCCUGGCCAUUGCCACCACCUCUGCGGUCUAUAUCAGCUCUGUUGUCCUCUUCGGAGCGUGCAUCGAGGGGGUCGUCCUGCGUGACAAGUUUGGUGAGGCCGUCAAUGGGAACCUGGUGGUUGGCACCCUGGCAUGGCCGUCCCCGUGGGUCAUUGUCAUCGGCUCCUUCUUCUCCACCUGUGGGGCUGGGCUGCAGAGCCUCACCGGAGCCCCCCGCCUCCUGCAAGCCAUCUCCAGGGAUGGGAUCGUGCCCUUCCUCAGGGUGUUCGGCCACGGGAAAGCCAACGGGGAGCCGACAUGGGCCCUGCUGCUAACGGCCUGCAUCUGCGAGAUCGGGAUCCUGAUCGCCUCCCUGGACGAGGUGGCUCCCAUCCUCUCCAUGUUCUUCCUCAUGUGCUACAUGUUCGUCAACCUGGCGUGUGCGGUGCAGACACUGCUGCGGACGCCCAACUGGCGGCCCCGCUUCCGCUACUACCACUGGACACUGUCCUUCCUGGGCAUGAGCCUCUGCCUGGCGCUGAUGUUCAUCUGCUCCUGGUACUACGCUCUGGUGGCCAUGCUGAUCGCCGGCCUCAUCUACAAAUACAUCGAGUACCGCGGGGCGGAGAAGGAGUGGGGCGAUGGGAUCCGGGGGCUGUCCCUGAGCGCGGCCCGCUAUGCCCUGCUGCGGCUGGAGGAAGGGCCCCCGCACACCAAGAACUGGAGGCCGCAGCUGCUGGUCCUGGUCCGCGGGGACCAGGAGCAGAACGUGGUGCACCCGCAGCUCCUGUCCUUCACGUCGCAGCUCAAGGCUGGGAAGGGCCUCACCAUUGUGGCCUCUGUGCUGGAAGGGACCUUCCUGGACAACCACCCACAGGCGCAGAGGGCAGAGGAGUCCAUCCGGCGCCUGAUGGAAGCGGAGAAGGUGAAGGGCUUUUGCCAGGUGGUGAUCUCCUCCAACCUGCGGGAUGGCAUGUCCCACCUCAUCCAGUCCAGUGGGCUGGGGGGCCUGCAGCACAACACGGUGCUGGUGGGCUGGCCCCGCAGCUGGCGCCAGAAGGAGGACCACCAGACCUGGAGGAACUUCAUCGAGCUGGUGCGAGAGACCACGGCUGGGCACCUGGCCUUGCUGGUGGCCAAGAAUGUUGCCAUGUUCCCGGGCAACCAGGAGCGGUUCUCGGAGGGCCACAUCGACGUCUGGUGGAUUGUCCACGAUGGGGGGAUGCUGAUGCUGCUGCCCUUCCUCCUGCGGCAGCACAAGGUCUGGCGUAAGUGCAAGAUGCGCAUCUUCACGGUGGCACAGAUGGAUGACAACAGCAUCCAGAUGAAGAAGGACCUCACCACCUUCCUGUACCACCUGCGCAUCACCGCAGAGGUGGAGGUGGUGGAGAUGCAUGAGAGUGACAUCUCUGCCUACACCUAUGAGAAGACGCUGGUGAUGGAGCAGCGUUCCCAGAUCCUCAAGCAAAUGCACCUCACCAAGAAUGAGCGUGAGCGGGAGAUCCAGAGCAUCACGGAUGAGUCCCGUGGCUCCAUUCGGCGCAAGAACCCGGCCAACACGCGCCUGCGCCUGAAUGUCCCCGAGGAGCAGGCUGGUGAUGGCGAGGAGAAGCCGGAGGAGGAGGUCCAGCUCAUCCAUGACAAGAAUGCCACCACCUUCUCCAGCAGCUCCCAGUCCCCUGGUGAUGAGGUAGAGGCAGCCCCCGAGAAGGUUCAUCUCACCUGGACGAAGGAGAAGUCUGUCGCCGAGAAGAACAAGAGCAAGAGCCCUGUCAGCCCUGAGGGCAUCAAGGACUUCUUCAACAUGAAGCCGGAGUGGGAGAACCUGAACCAGUCCAACGUGAGGAGGAUGCACACGGCUGUGAAGCUCAAUGAGGUGAUCGUGAAGAAGUCCCAGGACGCCAAGCUGGUCCUGCUGAACAUGCCAGGACCACCCCGUAACCGGAAAGGGGAUGAGAACUACAUGGAAUUCCUGGAGGUGCUGACGGAGCAUCUGGACCGAGUGCUCCUGGUGCGUGGUGGGGGCCGAGAGGUCAUCACCAUCUACUCCUGAAAGACGCACGAGAGAGGUUUGUCUGCACACUGAGAGCCCCGCCACCCCUUUGCACCGUGCUCCCGGAGGGGAGGAGGGAAGGCCGGAUGGCAGCCGGUGCGCAGAACCUUCACCUGGCUUUGGCCGUGCCCCUGAUCUCUCCAUUCGAACUGCAGCACCAGAUCUUCCGGGAGCAUCCAGCACCAGAGCAGCUGUUCCUCAUUGCAACACCACAGCACUGCUGUCCUUGUUUAUAUAUAAAUAUAUACAGUGAACCGCGGACUGAGCACCAGAGCCCGGCGCUGCCGCCACCGCCCGCCCCGGCAGGGCCAGCCCCGCCGCCAGCCCCAGCACUGCCGCCGCAGCCCCCGACCGGGUGGGAGGGCGGCUGUGCCGAGACGGACCUCGGCCCCACCGUGCUGCUACCCCUGCGUGGAGCUCGGCUGGACUGUGCCCUGUGCCCACCGCCUGUGCCGUGCCUCCCUGCGAGGCGCUGGGAGAAGACAGAGGCCACCACCGCGCUCCCCUCACCGGACGCUCCUCUCCCCACCUCCAGCAGCUCCUGGGGCUGCCUCCCACGGCACUAUCCCCUUGCUGCCCCUCACCGUCAUGGACCCGGACAGACCCACCUCGCCGCUGCCUCGGCGCUGUCGUCUCCGGAGGCCGUGGGCCGAGCUUGUAGAGAUGCAAGAUGAUGGUUUGGAGGGGGCAGAGGGUGGGGGGUGUCUGCGAGGUGCUGGAGCACGGCAAUGCCGUGAGAGCAGGAGCCCUGGCUUGAGGUGGCUGUGGGGUGCGCCCUGUCCCCCCACUGCUGACUCCAGGCUCUCUCCGCCUUGACGCUCUCCAGGUGCUUGUGCAGCAGUCAGGGUGUGGAGCCUGCGGUGUUGGGAGCCGUGCAGAGGCCCCACCACGUGCAGCGUGAGCCGGGGCCACUCUCCGGCAGCUGGAGCUGCGUGGGUGCUGCGGAACCCCGAGGCACCAGCGCCUGGUCUUGGCCUGGCACAGGGGCGUCCCCACCCCACCCCUCUGCUGCACUGCACUGGGGGCUCUCAGGGCCCAGCACCAGCCAGCCUGGCUGGCCCCAGCACCUGCACGUGUGUCCAGGUCCCCCCCAUCCCGCUGCGCUCCCUGCUGCUCCCCAGGGCUUCGCUGCUAACCCGGCCCCGGCCCCUGGCAGACGCAGAUGCUGCCGGGGGCUGUAGGACAGUCUGGGUCUGUGUGUAUUUUUAACAUAUGCAAAGGCUGUUUGCUGGUCUGGCCAGCCAGACCCCGCAGCGAGGUGGAGGCUGUAGGGGUCCCACCGCCCCCCAGCAUCUCGGCCCUCCCUCACCCGGCCGGCCACGCCGCAGAGUCAGCCCCCGCGCGCGGGCAGCAGGGCCCACUGGGGAGGAUCAAACACCUCUUAUCUUUGGCAGCAGCUGCAGGGUCGCCCCCGUCGCCGUUCCCUCCCAGCAUCUCUUACAGCAGAGAAACUGAGGCGCUUUUAACAAAUGUGAACGGUUCCAGGAACCACGCAGGAAGCGGUGCGAGGGCAGCAGGGUGCCGCCGGCGCCCGCCCCAGCCCCAUGUACAUAGUGUACAUAAUACAGUACGUGUAUUUUUAAAGUGAUCAUAUUUAUGUUAAUAGAACCAGAUGAAGUCUAUAUAUAGAGAUCUAUAUCUAUUCUGAGAGAUGCAGGGCUCUGCUAGCACCAGGCCGCAGGGACAGGGAGCUGAGCCGGGCCGCUCCUGCACAAACCAGGAGCCCAUCCGUUGCACCGAGUGCUCCAGAGCGGUGGUGGAGGCUGCAGCCUUCCCCAGCCACCAGCAGCCCCUGGGAAAGGGCCAGGUCGCAGGUUCAUUCUCUUCUCAAUUUAGCUUCUUAAAGAGUUUUCAGGGAAAAGAAGUCACAGACUUUUCUGAACUUGUUUCACAGCAGAUUUGAGCUUCCACUCAAAGUGCAGCCUGCUAAGAGUUGCCCUCUCCCGGCAGCGCUGGCGGCUUUGUGCCAGCCUGGCCCCUGAGGCAGCACUUCAUCCUCGGCCAGAGCUGAGCCCCCACGCUGAAGCACUUGCCCUCUCAGCCCCCCAGACAGCUCCCCAGUGCUGCCCUGCACUGCACCAGGUGCAGAGGGAGCGGGUGCUGCAGCAGCAUCCCCACGGGUGUCCAUCCAGGCAGCAGCUGCCUCCUGCCUGGCACGGGCAGCCCUGACUAAUCCCAGCCCCCUGCCCACCUGUCCCCCUGCCAACCUUGGCUCCCGCCUCCCUGAGAGCAGGAAACCCCCUCUGCACUGGACACUCCAGCCCCCGCUCCCUCUGCAGAACUCCUCUACUCCUCCAGGUCCAGGCCAAAGCUAUUUGGGGAUGCUUGGAUAAAAAGCAGUGGGUUUUU